AGGACGUUCAACGUUCGUUGGCGCUACGCAACCCAAAAAACGGCGCCGUGGUUUUAUCCUAUUAAUACAAUUUCAUGACCUUUUAUAGUGUGACAUAGUUAUUAUUCGUGACAUUAAAAUUCACUAUAGUGUUGUUAUUUUUAUUAUAAACGACUGUGAGUUUAAUCAGUGUUGUUGAUCUUUGCGAGAAAAAGGAAAACGAGACCCUUUUAUAUUAAGAUGAAAGAAUAUUGAUCGAGAGGUAUAUACAAUGUUUGCUGAUGUCGAGUCCGAUUUGGAGGAUAUUUAUAACCUCCGGAGAUGAAACUCUUCAAUACUUUUUACUUCAUUCUAAUCUUGUACACUCCUCAACCUUUAUCACGUGCCCAACGGUUAUUGUUUUCAAGAAAAUAUCACUCUGACGAUGAUGACGAUCACUCAGAUUAUAACAAUUACAAUGAAGAAAUUGACGAACUGUUAUCUAGAAAUAGCACAGAAGAGAAAGGUCAGUAUGUGGGUGCCUUGUGUGAAUUUACCUGUAGUCCUAAACUCCCCCACGUAUUUUGUAAUCCAGUUAGCGGUAAAUGCGAUUGUGAAAAAAAGUAUCCAGUCAAACUCCAAAACCCUUAUGCAGGCUGUAGUAAACCAAAACAAUUGGGCGAUCAAUGUUAUUACAAAGAAACUUGCCAAUAUACGGAUCGACAUGCUUCCUGUAUUCAAGUUCAUCACAACGCAGUUUGCCAAUGUGAAAAUGGCUACCAUUCCGUAUCUCUUCAGAAACCUUCGAAAAGAGUUUUUUGUGCAGAAGAUGUCGUUGUUAUAACAUCUAAUUUCUCUACAUUCGCUGGUGUAAUGUCUGGCAUUGCCAUUUUAUCUGGUCUCAUAUGUUUCGUACUGCAUCUUUUCAAUCAAAACAUGUACGGAACGCGUCAUAAUAGACAUAGGUUUGGAAACGCUAAUUUACCUCCUCCUAUAAUGUUUUCAAGCGAUCCAGGAUCAUUGCCCUUACCUAUUCUGGAUCGAAGUUUGACGUCCCGCGCAUCUAGUCAACGUACAUAUACUAGUAUGCCUUCGCGAAGGUCCAGUAGUGCCCCAGGAUUUCGCUCGGGUGCCGGUUACUCACGAGCAGGUGCGGCCCGUGCCGCCGCCAUCUUGCUGCUUUCCUACUGUCAAGUCACUCCAUCAUUAGAAGGAUCUAACUAUGUAGUUACCAAGUUUACUGGGUCACGAAGACCUAGCAUUGCUUCAGUACAUAGCUCUAAUUCCAUUCGAAGUUAUAGUGCUAGAAGAUAUGAACGGGAAAGAAAAGAAAAAGAAGACAGAGAACUAGAACGCCGGUUUUCGAAAUUAUCUGGCACGAACUCCACUAUUCGUAUUGCUCCUACACCUAGUCCUCAUUCCACUGAUGAUCUACUCCCUACUUUGGAAGAAGAUAGACCGACUCCUCCGUUGGCUAUGAAAGAAGAUUCAACAACUAGUUUUCCAGAAGAGUUUCCUUCGACGUCGAAACAAUAUCCAUAAACGAACUGAAAACAAGCUUAAGAUAAGGACUGAAAAAACAGAAUGUUUUUUUAUUGCUGUUUUUGGCCUAUUUUUGUGAAGCGAAGUUUUCAAAUACCUUUGUUAUAAUUGUAAUUAUGAUUAUAGAGAUGCAUAGCAAUCAAAUUGGGUAGUAUCCACAAUAUUCGAUAAAGGAUUUGCUAUAGUUUUUGUAAAGAAUAAUUGUUUUGUGUUAAAUAUAUGUUAUUAAAAAUAAAUCUUUUAUGUACUAUUAAAA